AUGAAGCCCGAUGUCCCUCCCUCCUACGAAAGCGCAGUCAGUCGCGAGGCAUGGACGAUUAUCGCGCCUUGGAUCUCCUCCAGCGACCUGUGCUCGGCGUGCCUGGUAUCCCAAAAAUGGUACGCCAUCUUUGUGCCCUUCCUCUGGGGUGACCCUGCCUCCCACUUUGGCAUUGAGAAUGACGCCGUCUACGUCGCCCUCACCCGCUUCAAGCGAACCCUCCGCAAAGCCAGAUUAAGUGUGAGAAGUCUCACUCAUACUCUACAUCUUCCCCCCGCUCUUAGCGAGAUCUAUGGCGGUCCAAAUCCUGCCUGGUUGCGCGACGUUCUCGAAUUCCUUCCCAACCUCCAGAGUCUCAUUGUCACGAAGCUGCCGUUCUUUGAUCACCAUAGCCUCAACGCCCUGAGGAGUACAAGUGCCGGCAGGAGAUUAUCGACUGAAGAAGCAGAGAUAUUUCCCACAUAUGGAUUGAAAUUACUGCUAGCCUCGAGUGAGCCGAACACCACGUCUUCUGCACUGGCGAAUGCGUUACCAAGGUUUCCGAGUCUGGUUUACCUUGACCUGUCCUACACCUCGCCCGCUCGAGAUGCUGCGGUCCUGAUAGCCCUAUCAUAUCUGCCGGAUCUUCAGGUACUGAAGCUGCGGGGUGUUGGUCUUAAAGAUGGAGAGGCUGAAGUCCUAGCCAAUGCAAUUGGGAUUCGAGUCCGUUUGCUGGAUCUCCGGGACAACCUUUUGACCGACAUGGCCGUCCGAUCAUUGAUGCAAGCAUGCUUUUUACCACCGGAUGCUGUGCAGUCAAGGUAUCUCAACGUGGAAGAUUGGCCGGUAGGUAUGGCCCCUGGCCCCGACUUCUUCAGCCUAGAUACUCUUCGAAGUGAAGACCUCGAUCACGAGUUGCUUAAGCAACUCACUAGGCCUCUGACCGGCAGACUGGCCUUUGAGGAUAUUCCUCAUCGAGGUCUGACCCAUCUCUACAUUUCAGGCAAUCGGCUAUCCGUCGAAGGUCUAUCAAGCCUCCUGAAGUCCGAACGCCUCCACAUUCUCGACGGAGGUUCGGUCGACACGGUCAAGACUAUCGCACGGACUCAAUCACUUUCUUCCCCUACAGGCUAUAUUGAUGAAGUCCGGUUCCCGGGCGCUGAGAAGCUCAUCCCUGUGCUUGCCAGAUCAGCGAGCAAGAAUCUGACCUACCUUCGCAUUGACCAUACAUUGGUCACUGCGAAGUUCGAUCCCGGCCCGGCGGUCGUCAAACCCAAAGCAUCGUCAGUCGAACUUGCGGGAUCUGAGCCACUUUCUGCAGAGCUUCCCGCACGAGAGCGGCAAAUAGCAGAGGCCCCGGCUCCUGCCCAUUAUGCGGUGGAGAUACCAGUGCCCGAUCAAAUAUUCGAACUGGAUGCUACUCCCGCACCCCCGAGAGCGGAACUGAUUGGUGAUGUGAUCUACUUUGCCCUCAGCCCUCCAAUUGGAGAGAAACCCGAAGUAGCAAGCCCAGUCGUCGAAAACCACAGUCCGAUCAGAGGCGAAGGACCAUAUGCCCCAGAGGUAGUCAAUGGGGGCAUUGACGAUGCCGAGAAGGAAGAUCCGGCCACCGUCACUGACUCGGAGGUUUCUGACGAGACAGGAACGCACAGCACAACGAGAUCGAUACUCUCUCCAGUGUCUCCCAUGACGCCUCACCCCAAUAACAUGAUUUUCCAGCCACUGGUGCCGCCACCUACUCCAAAAACUAAGCCUGCACCGACAUCCGCUCCAACGAAAUCGGAGACCCCGACCCCAUCGCCCGCCCCAGCUCCCGUGCCACAACCGAACGCGUCCCUCUCAACUACUCCAGCUGCAUUGCACCAUCGCCAAUCGCGGAUAGAGGCUCUGCUAGCCAAGAGGCCCACGGGACUGUCUAUGAAGAUGACCGGCCCCGGUUCACCCAUCCCAACCAUCACGGUACAGAACCUAACUAGUCUCCAUCCUGCUGUACUUCCCAACUUGAGAACAUUGAUCCUCACCGAUGUGCCUACCACAGUGCCGAAAUCCUCACCAGUGGUCCCUGCACUCAAGGCUUUCAUCUCUGCUUGCGCUGAUGAAGCUGCACUAGCUCGACUCCUCGCGAGGACGGACUAUUCUCUCCCGCCGGGUCGAGCCCGACAUAUCGCCGAACUAGAACAUGCACGAUCGCUCUUCGCACUCCGCACAAUCAUCCUUGAGAUGGAAGACCCGAGUAACCCGAAUGCCGGCGAGCAGCGUAGGUGGCAGCAUUCUCGCCAACGUAUCAGCAUGAGCAAAUCCUCGACAGGGGACCGGGAUAGCGAGAAUCUCUGGUCUGCCGCAGAGAAUGACUUCAGUUUCUUUGGAGAGGCAGGCGAAGAACAGGCAGAAUGUGGUAUCUACCAACAUGAUCCAGAGAAGUAUUUCCCCACCGCGCACUUUGAUGAUAAGAUCUUGCUGGGCCCUGAAGAGAAUACACCAGAAAGUGGCUCGAGCAGUCCACAUGGUAGCUUCCACGGGCACGGUACGUUGUCGCCAUUUUCGAUGAAUUAUGGCGGCUCCCAUGGGACUCUGAGGAGCCCGAGGAACUUACCGUUGGGCCGGAAUCGGAGGAGCUCGAAUGAGUCUCAGCGAAAUGGAACCGUGCGGAAUUUCCUGGCUGAGAUGCAAGGCGCACCGGUGUCGCCCAUGCUCGUGAACACCAGGUUGCGCCCGCAAUCAAGAGAUUCGAUGCUUCCCCCGACUUCCAAUCCUGUCCAGCAGCAGGAGGAAGAACCGAAAGUUGAUGUCGUCGCGGAAGUCGCUGCGUGGCGAAGAGAGCGAAAGAAGGCCUACGAAGGUGAAUUAGCGCGGUACCGAUUCAGUCGUGGAGGCGGCGGCCCUGGAAGAUCAAAUGGUCUAACCAACCAAAGCCAUGGACUCUCAUCGUCUGCACCGAGAGGGUAUGGAUAUGGCUUCGACCAUGGUGCUGGACCAGGCUCCCUCGCAUAUGCACAUGCCCCUACGAAUGGAAAUGCAUCAGCCAAACUAGGGAACCAAACACCCUCGGGUAACUCAACUCAUGGUGAGGUUAAUGACCUCGACAUGAAGUUCAUUGAAGGACAUUGGAAGGGAGAGAUCAAGGUGAUCAGAAAUGCGACACCCAAGGGCAGAACAGGCGUGGUGGACAUGUAUGGAAAUUAUUUUGAGAAGGGAUAUCUGUAUCCAUAA